AUGCUACGGGAGAAAACAUCAUCAUCCUCUGUCACAACGCUCGUCACGCCUACAAAGACUGCCAGGGAGAAGGGAUGGCUUCGUAACCGCCGGCAGACUGACCCCUUGAUCAGGGAGCCCGUCCAGCUGCCCCAGCGUCGACCGAGCAGACACUCCAUCGACGCUGCGAAUGCGAACGCCAACGCCGGCCGUAACUCACAGCAGCCCAGCAGCUCGUCGCCGCUCAGUUCAGAGAGCUUCUCCAACCCGGCGCUGGCGUCCUUUUCGCCCAGGAAGAUCAAUAUCCAUACUCCUUCGCGGCCAUCGCAGCAUCAACAGUUUCAUCACAGCAACAGUUCAUCUACCAACGCCUCACCUACGCCCUCUCACCAUCCACACCAGCUAUUCUAUACUCCCACGCCUCUUAGACAAGAAGACCAAGACCAGUGCUCCCAGACACCGUCUCGGCUCGCUGAAGAACCGCCGCCUCCUUCCAGCAGCCCGAAUAUCCGCCAUAUCACCACUUCUUUCAUCAACACCAACACCAGUCUCACCAGCCCCGUCUCCCCAGAGAGCAACAGCUUCCACUUCACGCCAAGGGAACCCAAGUCGCCCCAAUAUAAGCGUGCUCCCGCCUCUCGCAGCAGUCUGGGCAUAGAGACGGCUUCAGGACCACCCCCGGCCCUGAGUACGCAGCAACGAAGCGUUGCGCAAGAAAAACAGUGGCAGCUCGUCUCAACCGCUGACCCGCCUUUGACGCGCAGGCCUACUUCGGACUCAACCUCUGCAUCCGCCUCUGCAUCGCUGGAUUCGGAUCCAAAGUCAACAUAUUCAAGUGCUGGUACAAGUACAUGUCUGGAUAUGAUUCCGCGCAAGGAGGGCGCCAGCACGGCCACCAGAGACCGGAGCCUGCGCUCUUCCAUUUCCAUGGAGGACAAUAGGGAUGCGCAUCAUGGUGGCAGCAGUAGAGAGUCGCCUCGUGGAUCCAAGGCCGAGGACCUCUUUUUGAACAUAGCGCAAAGUUCAAGUCGGCAAAACGCUGAUUCCAAGGCUAGGCGUAGGUCUAAAUUUGGUCUUUCCGGACUAUCUUCACGAUCAAAGACGACGGAAGAAACCCCUUCACCAGAUAGAGGUCACUAUUCAUCGUUUUCUCAGGAUGCCUCUCCGAUGAAUUAUGAUAUUUCUACCAGAGCUCCUGCGUCAGCUCACCCAUUAGAUGAAGCUGGACGUUCACGGUUCUUCAGCAGUUCGGGCUCCUCAACCAUUGGGCGUACCAGGCCCGGACGCUUGAAUUAUGAACUAUCCCCUGAACCUCCACGACACUAUAUACCUGAUAGACGCGAUUCUGUCCCAGAGUUUACGCACACCAAGCCUUAUAAAUCUAGUCUAGCUAGUUCGCGCAAGUCCCGUCCGGUGACAAGUUACGACGCUACAGAUCGGAAUAUAGGAACAGAUACAACAAAGUCCAAAAAUGAAGGCACAGAGUCAACCCUGUCCACAACCGCUCCGUCUACCGUGUGGGAUGAAUUAGAUGAUCUAAAGUCCAGGAUUCGAAAAUUAGAGCUAACGGGGAAAUUGCCUGCUUCGUCUGCUGCCGCCAUGUCUUCAAUGGCGGGUGAACGGCCCCGCACGGCUACUACAACGGUCACCACCAUUUCUUCUUCACCAAAACAUAAACAAAAAGCCAGCCCUCCUCCUGUUCCGCCACCGAUCCCCAUGGACACCGAUCCAACGGUCACAGCCAGCCAAGUUCACCCGCUUCUCCACACCGCGCUGGCCAAGGCAAAGCCCGUUCUGAAUCACGAAGUCUAUCAAGCCCUUGAAGCAACGGCGAUGGAUGCAAUCAAUCUGUCUACCGCCUUAACUUCAAACAUGCCACAUACCAGCAGCAUGUCCGUCGUAACCUCCGCCUCAACUCCGGACCGCGCCUUACGACGAAAGGCAGAUAGCGUAUGUCGAGGUCUUACCGAGCUAUGCCUUGCUCUCUCCGAAGAUAAACUGAAGCCCAUUUCCAUCUCAAAAUCAAGACCGGGAAGCCGAGACGCUACUACUUCGAAGAACUUUUCAGCAACAAGUGAAGGCGAACCGGGGACAUCAACGUUAUUAUACCGCCGAAGCACCAGCCAUGAACCGGAGGACUUCAACUUCAGCCGCCUCCAGUCAUCCCUCAACCGCGACCCCAACAGUCGACGAACAAGUGUCCUUAAUCUCUCACCUAGCAUGACUACUCUAAAAGCACCCCAAGAGGUACCAGACCAAUCAAAAACUCAUUUAACGACCCCUUCCCAUUCGCAACGAGCCAGACGCCGUUCUUCCAUACUACGUACCAGACGACAGGAGCAGGAAGAGUAUGACAAUAAACUACAACCCACGGCCAACAGCUCUCUCCGCCCUAUCUCUCGCUCCAUGACUGUCACGGAAAACAUGCACCCAAGCAGAGACCGCUACCACCGUAACUCCCGCGAAUGUACCCCUGAAUACAACAGCCUACAACAAGAAAACUCCCCGAACAAUCAACAUCACACACCUUCAUUCCGCACCACAACCACUUCAGCCACAACGUCUCAGUCUGCAAUCCCACUCCGUCGAACAUUCUUGUCGACAACCAGCAAUAUACCCACUAGCUCAUCCAUAUCCAUACAGCCUGGCUUCCGUCGUUAUGCAAACGGUCAGCCAACCAUCCGUACCGUUGUUGACGACUACGCCAGCCCUAGGACUAGUACUGGCGGCGUCGAAGAGGACCCCUCUCAGUCUCGGAAUACAGGAAGGGCAAUCUCACAUUUCUCACAACGCCCUCGAACGAAUAGUAUGGGCACUCGACGGUUUGGUAUUGGGCUAAGUACUCGACGAACAUUCGAUGGUACUACUGAGCGCUAA